UCCCCGAAGCCAGAGAUGACCAAGGAGGAACACGAGGUGGCCGUGCUGGGAGCGCCCCAGGGAUCAAGACCUGUGAUGUCCACCGUGGUCAACAUCCAGCCUGAGACGGCCGUGCCCGACCACAUCGUCUGGUCCCUGUUCAACACGCUCUUCUUCAACGUCUGCUGCCUGGGCUUCGUGGCGUUCACCUACUCCGUGAAGUCCAGGGACCGGAAGAUGGUGAAGGACGUGAUUGGGGCCCAGAGCUACGCAUCCACCGCCAAGUGCCUGAACAUUGCGGCCCUGGUCCUGGGCCUCCUCGGGACCAUAGGAUUCAUCGUCCUUCUGGUGUUUCUGGUGCCGGCAGUCUAUCAUGCAGUAGGGCAGAGCAUGUGGGGCCGCAGAGGCUACUAGUCCCUGCCCAGGGCAGAGGGACCACCCCUCCCGGCCC